ACUGCGUUGCCUAUCUGUUUGUUUGUUAGUUGGAGAUGGAGCUGACUAUCCCGGUUGAACAGAUUGGGUACGAACACCAGAAAAUUCCGGUAGUGAUAAACAGCCAAUAUGAUUUUUGUUUCAGGCACUAUUAGUUGGUAUUGAAAAGACUGUGUGUACAAUACGAUAUACUGCAAAUCACUGUACAAUUAAAGUCGGUCUUUCCGAGCUUCAAUUGGCCCCAAAUGCGUUUUCGAACAACGAGAAGCUGGAUGUCCAGUCUGGUUCAUCUGAAAAUGAGGAAAUGCCUCAUAACUCAAAUCAUAACUUCUCACCCAGAGAUCCUGUUGAGGUCUGGCUAGAUUCUGGUUCAACUGCAAGGAAAAAAAGUACAACAGGUGUGGAAACAAGCGGCUCUAUGGAAUCUGUGUCUAUUGCUCCACCCGGGGCGUGGUGGCCUGGUCGAGUUCUUACCAUACAAGGCGGCUUCGCACAUGUCGAGGUUGCUGCCCCAUUACAGGAGUACACUGGUGUAGAAGAUAAACCAACUGCACAUGCCAUUCCUCAUUUGAUAGGACUUGGUUCUGUAGUCUUGCCAUAUCGCUCAACUCUUGUCAAGGUGACGGAAACCCGAGUUCCAUGGAAUGGCAAGUUUUCGUGUGAUCAUACAGAGGAUCGAUCUCAAACGGGUACUUUGACAUCAGGCUUCAUUAAGGACAACGUAGUCGAAUCAAAUAAUUUGUUAGUUCCAGGAAUCCUUCAUCGUCACAGUAUUUGCAUUCCGGCUUACUUGUAUCGACUGUGAGUUCAGUGUGUUUUCAUGAGCUACCUAGCACUUUAAAUGGACAUUUUUGUUUUCACAUUCAAUGUUCAUUUUACAUAGAAUAUCACAGUUCCCUGUUUCGUUAAAUAGGAAGAAUAUAUUUGUAAAUUCUCAACGAAUGAAUUUUAAGUUUGGGCGCUGAGUUGAUGUGAGACACUAAAUAGGAAGAAUAUAUUUGUAAAAUCUCGGCGAAUGAAUUUGCGAUUUUACAAAUAUAUUCUUAUUUAAUGUCUCACAUCAACUCGGCGCCCAAAUACUGUGGAACUAUUUGUUCUAAUUUAGACGAAAGUUCUUAUAUCUCUGUUUCGUUGUUUACUUAAAUUAUGUUCAUUCUAUUGGGACUCGUUUAAGCAGAGAUAAUAAAAUUAGUUGUGACUCUUGUAUGCGAAUCGUUUUCGUUUGUGCAACAAUGCACAGAUGCGAUGGAGUAGUGAUUAGUUAUGCUAUAUGUAACGCCAGCGCUAUCGACUAGAGUAGAAUUACGAUUAAAAAGGUUAACCAAAUGAGUCCUCACAGUCUUCGUUAAUCCUAAACUGAAUUCAACAACGUCAAUAAUAGUAAUGUUUGAUAGAAUUAAUGUCAGUAAUUUUUGAUUACCAACCUAAUUUUAUUUUUCUGUGUAGGGCAGCCAAUCCAGAAUCGCAUUCAACUUUAGCUAAAUUUUGUGGUGCUCCCUGUCUUAUCCAGUGUGAUUCUGAACCGUUUCUCCCGGGGACUUUUGCAAAACUGAUACUAGGAGAUAAAGAGGGAUCAAAUGGAUCUGGACGACACUCACCGGUUCAUGCUGACUAUGGAUCAAUGAGUCCUUCUUUGUGUCUGUCGACAUAUACAUGGCCUUCGCCCUCUCUGAUAUCACAAGCAGCUAUGAUGAAUGUUCCAUAUAUCGCUGGAACACUGAGUCCAGCAGGGAUUACGGACCCAAACAUCCUUUUGACAGGUCUACCUGGAGCCAAUGGACCUCUUGUACUGCUACAUAUCUGGUCUGGUUCGUCUGAAGCAAUUCGACGCACAACUUUCUUAGAAUUGGGUCACAUUCGUUUGUUGGCUGUUAGGUUUCAUUUGCUAAAGAACUUAUCCAAGGGGGAGACUGGUGAUCUGGAAUUGUCCAAUAGUGGUGAAUUAGACGUUGAAGAUGGAGAUGCUCCUGCAAUCCAUUGUAAACCCAUAAGUAUACCAGCAACUGUGUCCAGUGACAAACAAGCGUCUGGUGGGAUGAUUAUUGGUUAUGAAUGUCGUUUUCGGAUUUUGCCACAUUUGAUUGGUCUUGCUAUUGGGCAUCGUGGUGCAACUAUUCAAGAAGCUCGAGGAAUACCUGGAGUUCGUGCGGUGGAUCUUCUUUUCGAUGGAAUAGUCCAUGUAGAAGCUGAGACUAUUGAAGCAUGUCAUGCAGUGAGAAAUCUUUUGGAUUUCACUGAAGUUGAGAUUCCAGUCCAACCACGAUUAGCAAGUAGACUAAUCGGAUCAAAGGGCAUGAAUAUUCGCAAAUUAGCAGAAGCUGCAGGUGUUCGGAGAGCUAAGCUGCUUGAUCCUUUCGCUAGAAAACGCAGACUAAUGGCUCAACGUCAAGGCCAUUGUCCAGUACGUGGAGGUUCUGUAACGGAUGGCGAUGCUCAUGGAGAUACAUCAAACGGUGAAGAAACUGACAACGGGAACGAAAAGCUUUCUGUCAAUCUGGAUGGUUAUUUGGCUGAUAACAAGAACUCCGGUGGUAUUGCCGACUUAUCCCCUGCUUUCUCUCUUGUUGGUACACGUUCGUCUGUUGCGAAAAUGCGUCUACUACUUGAAUUCCAAGCGGAUAAUUGGAAUGAACUAGAUGAACUAGAAGAGGCACGAAGAUCGUUGUUUAGUCAGUUGCGUCAAACCAAUCAACUCAAUCACCAAUCGGAUUUUGUGUCACCUACGCGCAUUUCGAAUGGCAGGCCUAGUAGAGGUGGUGGGAAUUUCGGGAGGAAUCGAACUGUGGGUCGCGGUCGUCGACAACCUGAGAGCUUUGUUCCUGAUCAAUCUUUGGAUGAUAAAGAAGUAUCUCAUCCACCUAAUGCACAUGGACAACACCUGCGUUGCAAAAAUAUCCACCAGUCAGAUGUACCUAAUAAUAAUAUGAAAAAUCAUCAAUCAUCAGUCAACGAUUCGUAUUCUUGUUAUUCUAACGGUGUAAUGUCAACUGGUGAUCAUGAAAAUACACAAGUCAACAAUAAAGCCAUUAAGAAUGAUAAUGUGAGCGCAAAUAAUGUAAAUGACGACCAAACAUCAAAACAGAACAACGGUACCUCUAGACGUAGUCAAAACCGCAAUAAGGCAAGAGCAAGUUAAUAUUCACGGUUUUAUGAUAUUUCACCAAGAUCGUAUGGUGCCCUUUUACAUACGUUGCCUUUUGUUCCAAAAGUUAACUAUUUUUAGUUAAAGUGUGCUUUCUUUAAGUUAUUAGGCUUAUGUUUCCCGCAAAAUGUUCAUAAUCUUAUGCAGUGUAGAUGUUCUUCCUCCUAGUAUUCUGCAUAAAUGCUCUUUCAUUUUCAGACUGUAUCUCAAUAAUGACAGGACAUCACGUGUUUGUUUAGAUUUUCGCUUAGCCUUUUAAAGUGCAUUUACACACGCGCCACCACUGUGUAAUUAAACAUGACUUUGUUUCUUUCACCAGUCUGUACCUUUUUACAUUGCAACCUCAAAUCGACUGAAAAUUAUAUUUUAGCUUUUCUUUACCACCAUCUAUUGAUAAAUUUUGAUCUUUGAAAAUAAGGUUGUUGGUUUUGUGUAUUAUUUUUUCUGUAAGGAGGUGGGGUAAGUCAUAUCUUCAGUCAACAACACGAUUGUUAACAUUGUAAAUCUGUCGCGUUUCUGCUUGAAAAAUAUAAAACAUAAGUGUCCUGAUAGGAAAAUUUAG